AUGGGACCUCGCAUGCCUCGUCGAGAUCAGGCACCCGUAUAUCCUAAAUAUUGUCGUUUGAUGCUCGUUCUUUUUAAACCUUGGAGAUCUGUCUCUGAUCUUAAGCGAGAUACUCAGUCAUGGACUGAAGCAUUUGACACCUUCCAGCGUACCUGUUCGAACACUGUGACUUCGAUCUUGAACAACAUGCAAAUAUUACAUGAGUGUAAAGACAGUCGUGACGAC